GCUGCUCACACCGUCUCAUUUCAUUUACAUGAUACUAUCAAAAAGGCCAAAGUAUCUAUCAAUAUCCAGGGCCACGACAAAUUUGAACAUGAAAUUAGAGUGAGGCCGAACGUUGCCAUAAUUCAUAUUCACACCGAUAAACCGAUAUACUCUCCUGGAGAAACAGUUUCGAUUCGAGCACUCCCAUUAACAUAUGAGGGUAGUGUCUUUGAUGGUAUCGUUGAAUUCGCGCUAAUGAAUCCGCAUGGUUUCGAUCUUGUUCGGAAGCAAAAUCGAACAUCUGAUGGCUACAUAGCCCUAACAUUUGUUCUGCCAAAACAUCUGUUCUAUGGCCAGUGGCGUAUAGUCGCUAGACCUAUGCCAGUACAGGAUCCGGACCUAACGUAUGGAGUAGAAUUUUCGGUCAAAGAUUACGUACUCCCAUCGUUCAAGAUAAUAGCAGCGAUUUCCGAAGGUCAACCACUGGCUUCAACGAGAGUGAGUAUCGAGGCUAGGUACUAUCAUGGAGCUCCAGUGUCCGGAUCGCUAGUUCUCUACUGCAGUCUGCAAAAGCGUCAUUUCAACGAAUCACGACCACUGCAAAUACUUCAGUCUCAAGUGGGCCUGGACAAUAUUUUUCAUUAA